CGAAAUAUCUUCGUCUACAAAGGAAAGGUGAUUCUUGUUUUUUCGUACAACAAAGCAAACACCAACACCAAUAAUUCCUUUUAUAUCGUGCGGUCUCCCUGCCCCAUAGUACAGAGGAUCCUUUACGUGUAUCUCGUGUAUAUCCGCCCGUUCCGCAGCCUUAUUAGC